GACCCUUCUCUUUGGACGAGAUUUCAUCGACCCUAAUUGCAUGUCGAAGAGAACAGAAAGAACAUAAAUAUCCCAACUCCCGCCUCCCUGAACUGAGGAGUACCCAGAACCUAAACUCAGUCAAGUCUUGCGGAUGGACCCAAAUUUAGGACAGAACAGGCUUGAAGAUGUCAGCUGGCUCUGUUCCCUCUCUGAGUCUGAGCUUGAUUUGCUCAUCAGCUUAAAGAAGCUUGUUCUUCAAAGGGCAAGAAUGAAUGGGCAUAAAGAACUAGCACACAAGUUUGAUCUCAAGGUGCUUAGAGCUCUUGCCUUCAUUCUGAUGACAUGUAUCAAAAAUAAGGUUAUGGAUGUGUCACUUGUUCCAGGCUCUGAAGACUCUGCUGCAGUUAUGGACAGUUGUAAUCUAUUGAAGUGUGACCUUGGAGAUGUUAUGAGUCUUGAAGAGAUAAAGUCAUGCAUCGGUAUUCAUUUGAGAAAGGCAGGAACGAAAAGAUUCUGUAACAGUAUAACACUGAAUGAAACUACACCAAGUCAGAAGAAACAAAAAUUUGGAACCAGCGGAGUAUGAAAGCAGGCUUUGCAGUAGGAAGGUAGAGAGGAACCGUUGCAUCACAUGAGCAUUGAGUUUCGAGUAUAUAGGUUACAAGUAUGCCGUUGUACACCAUCCUGGUCAUUCACGUUUCAUAUUGUUGUGAAGACCAAAUAUAUACCUUGCAAUUUUGAUGUGUGAUUUUAUAUUAAUGACAAGGUCUCAUUAGAAGUUCU